AUUUCCGUGCGUUUGGUCGACUGUUUCCGGAUAAGCGUCGCAAAUUGGUGUCGGGUUUAAUGAAAAAGUUGCUCCUAUUGAAGAUGGAGCAAAUGUAGUCUUACUUUGUUGUUAAGGGUCGUGGGAAAAUCCGAGGCGUUCGGAAUCCGGCUGAAGGUAAUAUAGAACGGAUGUGCAUACGGCUUCGGGAGAAGUGACAAAAGAAAAGAGCAGGAAAACAGUCCAAAUGAGAGUGAAUGUGUCAUUGCAUGAGUAUUGUAAUAUCUUUAAUGGAUCUUCGCGUGCAAAUUUAAGCAAAAGCUGAAUGGAGUAAUUAUAGAUUAGUGUACGUUGGGAGAUUUAAUCUUCGUUGUUGUGACGGGUGAAAUUCAUGAAGGUGUAAUUUGGGUGGGAGUGUUAUGCCAAUGUGUUCGAAUGAAAGUGAUUAACAGAUUUGAAAGUGUGAAGAGUAGCGUAAAUAUCUCGGAAUCACAUCGUUGAGUAUGGAGUAAAGCUGUGAAUAAUAAAAUACGAAAUAAUAGAUUGUAUCGGUUGGAACGAUAGAAUAAGCAUUUGUUAUUUGCAACAGUAAUUCAAUUCCGAUUUAAAAAAAUGGAGCGAGUGUGGCGAAAAGUGAAUCAGGGCCUUACAAUGAGAUCAUCGUCAACGAAACCUGCACAGACGGUAGCCUCAAGUGCCACAAUGACAACGGGCUGCCUUCCGGUGCCGGGAUUUCAGCACUCUACCGAUACAACGAGUUCGGCCGGAUUCGGUGGUGAAUCACAAGUCGUAGCCGUGCAGCAGAGACGGCGAUCGAACCCACCACAGGGAAGUACAACUGCCUCCUCGGAGAAGAGGCGACGGCGACGGAGACGAAGCCGGCCAAAUAGAGAUGGAAAUUCGCAGGGUGGUGGAACUGGCGGUCACUCAUCAACCGGUCACCACAAGAACCAUUCGUCGUCUUCCCGCCGUAGUAAUCCUCAGCUAGGCCUAAUGACCCAAGCGGGCAACGAACAAUCGCUGAGACAGCGAGCCGUUGCCCGACUGAAAAUGUUCAACUUCAACCUCAACUGGGACCUACAUAUGAACCAGUGCAAACCGUGCGGUCCGAAGAGCGGCAACAUCAUCACACGGAGGCUGUGCCGCAAUCGCCGAGGCGAGGACAACGAACUGUACCGCUCCAACAGUUUCAAAUUCGAGCGCUUCGAGCGCAAGGAGCAGGGCGAAACUGGAUCGAGGACAUUGCGAAAACAGGUUUGUACCGGUUCACUGAGCUCGAUGUAAAAAGGUUUCCAUGAGGCCGACUUUUUGAGUGAGUAAAUGAAUCCUCC